ACAUAUUCAUCAUUCGUCAGGUUUUAGAAGACAGGAAUGCUUAUCGGCGUCCGGUGGUGGUCUUUCUUGACUUAGAAUCAGCAUUUGACUCGGUAAACCGUGAGAUUCUGUGGCAAUGUUUGUCAUUGAAAGGCGUACGUCAGAGGUACAUAAACCUUGUGAAGGCUUUUCUGGACAUAACAAAGAUUUUCAUAGACUGUAGGCUUGUUUUCCAAUGAAUGUAAGGAGAUGUGCCACAAUUUUAUCACCAUUAACAUCUUUCUUGGUUAUCUUACAGAUUUCAAACCUUUUCAAAUAAAUCUCAAAAGCUUCCGAAGUUGAACGAAUGACCAACUGUUCUAUUACAGGCUCCAUCGCGAUGCCAAUAUGAUAACUAGGAGCAUUUGAAUUAUAGUACAAACUAGGAAUCCCAAAAAUAAUUCAACUUAAGCAAGAAGUACUAGAUAAGCAUGGACAAAUUUAUUGUAUUUGAAAUUCGAAAUCAAGUAUUCAAUAAGUACAAAUGAAUUGUUAAUUCAUGCAAACACCACAAGAAUAUCAAUACUGUACCUCCCGUACUAAUACAUCGAUUUUGGCAUUUUUAAUAAAUUCAGUGUCUCUGACUAGUUGAAAUAAUUGUUGGAUUCGUUAGUAAAUAUUAAUAAUCCCACCAAAAAAUUAAUUACUUAACACUUAUGACCAAAAUACUGACAUAAUUAGAAUGAACUUCAUGCAAAUUUUAGAAAAUAAUUAUAAUGGAAGUUGACAGAAACUACAUUUCACGGCGUUAUUAGUUCUCUAUUAUGUUGUAAUGAAGACAGGUCAACAGGUUAGCAGGCCACAUAAUAGAUUUCGAUCCUCUCAAUUAAUUCUUCCAUUUAGACACUAGUAUCUAUAAUUGAAAACCACUGAAUGAGGUGAGUGAUUUCAAAUAUACAGAACACAUUCAGUAGGGUUUAUCGUCUAUGCACCAGUAUUUGUCGCUUCAUUAAAUUCCUCAAAAUGAUGUAUAUCCAGAUACUUGAUGUGUCCUAAUAUCCACUCGUUAACUAACAUUGAUGUUUCAUUACACUUGAUGAUUAGAAUUAUCAUUAAAAUCAAUUAUGAAACAAAGUCCUUGUUAAGAAGACUUUCAAAGUUAUGAAUGCGUUUAGUCAUUGUGUUGCAAAUCAAGUUUACAUAAAUGAACUCGGGUUUCUCUGAACGUCAAUCGAGAAAAAUAAAUUGAUUUUAAUUGCAAAAAUAUUUAAUAGAAGUAACGCGAUCCGUUAGGGUGAUGAUGAAACAAAAGAAGACAAUAAGUAAGAGUCUGUUAUUCACCGUGAUCUGUCUCUGUUGUCAUAUGUGUAUUGUAAUCGAAAAGCUUUGAUGUACCGUUAAGUCACAGAUCUUAUUAUGUUUGUUUCCUGACUGGAAGUCAUGAAUAUCAGCAACGGGAAAUUAGAAAGUCUCAUCAAUACAUUUACACCUGUUGAAUAAAUCGAAGCAUGUAUAGACUCAGUGGCUCAGUGGAUACUGAGUUUGAGUUUGAAGUGAAAGGUUCAGGAUUUUAGUGCUAGUCUAUAUGAAUGGAAGAUCCAGGUGACGAGUCCCAAAUAAUAUGAAAUAUAUGUUCUGAAUUCAGCUGCUAGCCACAUACCAAAUGCAGUAAGAAAAUCAUUCUAAACAAAAUUUGGUAUUGAUUCUUUUCUUAUUUCGACACCUACAUAUCUUGUAGUAUAUAAUCGUAGUUUUCAUGUUCUAAAAAGCUUGAAAAGUUAUGAGCACUCUAUGAUGAUGACGGGACGCAAAAUGUUUGAGCGUUACUUUUCUGGGGAUACAAAUGAUAAGGUUCGAACAGGUAGGUAAAUGAAUUUUUUCCGCUAAAGUUUAUGCUGAUAAUUGAUUAUUUUUAGAAAAAAGAGCAAUUGUAAGUUCAAUUCGUAUCUUUCAUUCUCCAAUACCAAACCCAUAUGUUUUGGAAACUAAAAGAGUAAGGAAUUCUCAUUUGUGUUUUGUUGAACUGUACCUGUUUUGUGAAGUUGACUAUAUUUUGAUUACUUCAAAUACUAGUUGUUACUUUGAAUUACACAAUCAUUUCCAUUGAUGUUAUUGUAGUAAAAAUUUGACCCUUGUAAAUGGCCUAGUUGGAAUUAUUUCUGUGAUAAUUUCUCAGAAAAACAAUAAUACUUUAGAUGCAUUUUAGAGAGUGUUUCUCUAAAUUUUGUUCCAACCAAUGAGACAGUCAAAUUCCUAAUGACCAAUUAGGUUAUACAAAUAGUUGCUAUAUAAACAUACUCAUCCAUCAGUAUGGUUUAUUUAAUUAUAUUGAACAGAACUGUGGAAAUGAAGAUUCUUGCAGUUUUCGGUAUUAUGUUAACUUAUUUCUGUGCAGUAACGUUCGGAGCUGAAAGUCUUCACCGAUGUAACAAAGAUUUUGAGGCAACGAUGGAAUUUUGUUUCAGACAGUACAAACGUAAUUCACACAAGUUCACGGACUUAAAGAGUUUGAGAAAUGCUUGCAUGAGUGAUAGUUAUUGCAAACCUAGAGCAAAGAAUUGUCUUUUAUCUGCACUUCAAGGUUCGGCAUUCAGUAAAUGUCCUUUACAAAGAACCUAUAUAAAAUCAAUAAAUCGGAUGUUCUGAUUAACAUCUGGUCAUCUCUUAGUCUAUUAUUUGAAUUUGUAAUAUACAGAUAAAUAAAGUCUUUAUUUUAUU